GCGCUUCCAGGCAGCAGAGGCCGAGGACCUGCCACCGACGCAGAUCCGCGAGGAUCUACGAGUGGAGGGUGACGCGUCCAUUGUCCAUGAAUGCCUGGUGCCUCUGGUCGAGAAAAUUGUCCACCUCGACGUUUCUGAAGAGGACCUUCUGCGCUUGGUUCCGAGCGUCGUACCAGCGCUGUAUGGAGCCAGCCUCUUCAAGAUCGGCGCGGGCUUCUCCGACAUUACCUCGACGUGCGACGGAGUCUUGCGGCAUCUGACAGAGGAGGAGUGCGCUGGCGUCUGGAAUCUGGGGGUCGAUGGGGCUUCCUUCGUGAACGUGCUCUCCAACGCGCGGAUCACACAGAUUGCGAAGUCCUACGGGUCCACGCCCUUGGCCGCCCUUCUCCUGGACUUUGUCUUCGCAGGAGGCCGGCACCCCGCUGGCUUCAAGCUCUUUCCCACGGCACAGGCGCCGCGUGCGGCCAUGGAUGGUCCCGCAUUACAGGACCUGCCGCAGUGGGUCCAGGACUGCAUGGACGAGCUGAAAACCAGCGAGGAGAGGCAGGCCAACGCCGACCGCAAGGUGGACAUUAUGGAGGCAGUCUGCGUCGUCUCCUUGGGCGGUGCGGCGAAAAGCCACCUGCUGCAAUUCUUCCACGAUGCAGCAACCAGUUGUGGCGGGCCGCGGCCCCUCUGCGACAACGAGGGCAGAGCACCGUUUCGUCGCGAGGUCGGGAACUUUUCCGCCCUCGCGCUGCUAUGCCAGCAGCAUGGCAAGGUGGUGUACGUGCCAGACGAGUGGGGUCUGGCCAUACACCCGAUGCGCGGGGCGGCGCCAAAGGGUACGUCCACUGCACAGAUGAUGUCUAUGCAGGCC